AUGAAGUGUCUUGUUGCUGUUCUGGUCUGCGCCGUGCUUGCAGAGGGAGUCGUCAAGAUCCCUCUGCAGAAGCACAAGUCGAUGCGCGAGGCCCUGAGAGAGAAAGGCAUCGAGCUGCCGUACCAGGACCCGGCUCUCAAGUACCAGGCCAAUGAGUUUGCUGGCUCGGCCAACAUGUACAUCAACAACUACGCUGAUACCACCUACUACGGAGCGAUCAGCAUUGGAACACCCCCUCAGUCCUUCCAGGUGCUGUUUGACACCGGCUCUGCCAACCUGUGGGUUGACUCCAUCUACUGCAGCACUCAGGCCUGCAACGCACACACCAAGUUUGACCCCCGGCAGUCGUCCACCUACUCUGCCAAGGGUCAGACCUUCUACCUGCCCUAUGGAGCUGGAAGCCUGUACGGAACAUUUGGAUACGACACUGUCAAUGUUGGCGGGAUUGUGAUCAAGAACCAGGAAAUUGGUCUGAGCACAAACGAGCCUGGCCAGAACUUCGUGGUGGCCAAGUUUGACGGCAUCCUCGGCCUGUCCUACCCCUACAUCUCCGCCGGAGGAGAGACCCCCGUCAUGGACAACAUGAUUUCUCAGAACCUGCUGGGUGCCAACAUAUUCGCUUUCUACCUGUCCAGGGAAGGACAGCAGGGCAGUGUCCUCUCUUUCGGAGAAGUGGACAACAGCCUGUACCAGGGCCAGAUCUCCUGGACCCCAGUGACCUCGGAGACCUACUGGCAGAUCGGUGUUCAAGGAUUUGAGAUCAACGGUCAAGAGACAGGCUGGUGCUCUCGGGGCUGCCAGUCCAUUGUCGACACUGGAACCUCCUCGCUGACAGCUCCAGGCCAACUCCUGCCUUACAUCAUGCAGGCCAUCGGGGCCCAACAAAGCCAGUAUGGCGAGUACAUGGUGGACUGCAGCCAGAUCAACAACCUGCCGACUCUGAGCUUUGUUAUCAGCGGUGUUGCCUUCCAACUUCCUCCUUCUGCUUACAUCAUCCAGAAUGGAUACCAGUCCUGUUCAGUGGGCAUCACCCCCACCUACCUGCCCUCUCGUGAUGGCGAGCCCUUGUGGAUCUUUGGAGACGUGUUCCUCAGAGAGUACUACUCCGUCUAUGACCGCACCAACAACCGUGUCGGCUUUGCUUCAGCUGCCUAAGUCUUGAUGGACAAUAUGGGUUCAUUUCAGUUAACAUAUUUGUUAGUGUGAAAUUUACCCCACUACA